AAAAAAUAAAAUUUUCCUAAAAGAAACCAAAAAAUCCUUUCAAAUCGGCCAGUAAAAGUGCCUGGAAGCGUUUAAAAGACUUACAUGAUCUACAGCAACAAAGACGAUCCAUACAAGCUCAACAGGAUUCACCUAGUACCUUGUUAAUACCACUUGAAAAUCAAAGCAAAUCACCGCAUCAAGCUAAUACUGGAGCCAUAAGCAAAAACCAAUUGAAAGUAUCAGAAGCAGCUGCUGGAGCAAACGAUUCUGUUUUAAAUCAGUUUCGACAAUCACAAUAUCAACGUGAUCUUCAAAUCCAUCCCUAUACCGAUACCGAUACCAAUGUGGAACGUAGAAAAAGUCUUGAUAUAGUAGCAGAAGAAGUAGAUAUAGUCAAUAUGCCCAACGAUAAAGAGAAUCAACAAGAAACCAAACCUUUAAAUGGCAAUACCACAAAUAACAAUAACAAUGGCGGCGCACAAAGUAAACCAAAAAUUCAACCGAAAUAUAGCAUACAUCGGGAUGUCCUCACCCAUGAGGUUGUGAUCAAACAGACUGGCUAUGCGGCCCGCGAUAAGAGUAUACCAUCGUCGGUGCGCAGUUGUUGGCAAAGUUGGAAUUUCUUUGCCCUAUUUACGGGAGUCAUACCGAUACUGCAAUGGCUGCCACAGUAUUCGGUGAGACGUGAUUUGGCUGGCGAUAUAAUCGCUGGCUUCACCGUGGCCAUUAUGAAUAUACCUCAUGGCAUGGCCUAUGGCCUUCUGGCUGGCGUUUCGGCCGGCAAUGGCCUAUAUAUGGCUGUAUUUCCGGUGCUCGUCUACAUGCUGUUGGGCACAUCGAAACACAUUUCGAUUGGCACCUUUGCUGUGGCCAGUAUGAUGACCCUGAAGGUGGUACAAACCUAUGCCACGGUGGAUGAGUCACAACCAUCGCCACUGAUGCUGACGGGCAAUCCGAAUGCAACAUUUGCAUUGGUAAAUGCUACAGCAGCCACACCAAUUGCUGGAGAUGUUAUUACCCAUGUAGAGGUGGUCACCUCAUUGGCCCUGGCAGUGGGAAUAGUGAAUCUUCUUAUGGCCUUCUUUAGAUUGGGCACAUUGGCUUCCCUGUUGAGUGAUCCGCUGGUCAAUGGUUUCACAACUGCAGCCGCUUGUCAUGUGGUCACAGCCCAAUUGAAGGAUGUUUUAGGCAUUAAGGUGCCACGGUAUAAGGGCGCCUUCAAGAUCAUUUACACUCUGAUCGAUGUGAUAAAAAGUGUUCCGCAAACGAAUCUAAUGAAUUUUGGUUUCUGUCUGGGCGUCAUCAUAUUCAUGACCAUUUGCAAUGAGUGUUUGAAACCAUGCUUAAGCAAACGUUGUCGCUUCCCACUGCCCGCCGAAUUGAUUGCUGUUGUUGGUGGCACAUUGAUCUCGAAAUUUUGCAAUAUGCAUCAAGAGUUCGCCGUGGAAUUGGUUGGUGUCAUCCCAAGUGGUUUGCCAGAACCAACUCUGCCACGUUUGGAUCUAAUACCCAAAGUGGCCGUGGACUCUAUUGCCAUAGCAAUUGUCACAUAUUCGAUUAUAAUGUCCAUGGGCUUAACUUUCGCCAAGAAGCAUGGCUAUGAGGUGCGUGCCAAUCAGGAGCUGUUUGCCAUGGGCAUUGGAAAUAUUGUAGGCGGUUGCUUCUCCUGCAUACCGAUGGCUUGUUCCCUCUCCCGUUCGGUUAUACAAGAGAAAACGGGUGGAGUGUCGCAAAUAGCCUCACUAGUAUCGGCAUCCAUGGUAGUGGCCACAUUGAUGUGGAUUGGUCCAUUCUUUAGUGAUUUGCCCAGGUGUGUGUUGGCUGGCGUCAUUAUUGUUGCCCUCAAGCCAAUGUUUAUGCAAGCCAAAGAGUUAAAGAAGUUCGCCAAGCAAGGCAAACUGGAAAUGUUCACCUGGAUCUCCACUUUCCUGUGUGUGGUACUCAUUGACAUUGAUAUAGGCCUGCUCAUUGGUGUCUGUAUCUCGCUGCUGGCAUUGUAUAUCAAGGGAUUGAAGCCAUAUUCCUGUUUACUUGGCUAUAUGCCCGAGGCCCCUGGCAUCUAUAUGGACCUCAAUCAGCAUCGGAAUGCCAUGCAGGUGCCCGAGACACGUAUCUUUCGGUAUAGUGGCUCGCUUAACUUUGCCACUAGUUUGUUCUUCCGACGUGCUCUGUAUGAGGCAGUGGGCCUGGACAAGCCCCAAUCGAACGGCAGCAGUCCGAGUCCAAGUCGGAGUCAAAAGUCCUCCUAUUCGCCUGUCUCCCAAAAUGGCGGCAAGGCCAUUGUGAAUUGCGAAUUUGUCGAUUCGUCGAGCUUAUUUAAAUUCCUCAUUCUUGACUUUUCCAUGCUGGGACACAUUGAUGUGGCCGGUUGUCGGACAUUAAGUGAUCUGAGCAAGGAGUUAAAGGCGCGUGGAGCACGCCUAUUGCUGUCCAGUCCAGUGGAUAGAGUUUAUGAUACAUUGGUCCACAGCAUGGCCCUGAGUGAAGGACCAUUUGAGAUCUUUCCCACGUUGCACGACACCGUUGAGUAUGCCAAUGCAUGUCGAACUGCGUGAUAGGAAUUUUCUACAAAUGUUUUUAUUUUCCUAAAGAUGCAGACGCGUUUUGUGAUAUGUCCAAGUGAUAGCUUGUGAAUCGUAGCACCAAAACCCCCCCUUUUAAAUCCCGCUCCCCACCAAUUCCUCUUUCCUAGCAAACCCUAUAUACACCCCAUCCAUCCUCCCAAUUAAUCAAUUCUAGUUGCUUAAGAACCAUUUUUUUUUUUAAAGAAAAAACAAAGAAACAAAAUAUUUGUUGCCGUCUUACAAUCAACAAGAUUUUUCCUAGCAUUAAGCAUGUAACUUUAAGUGCCUUCAUACAGAAGGAAGUUCAGGAAGGAGCAGAACAUGUUACCUACAAUAGACUAAAAUGCAAUAAUUAAAUUCUACAUUAUUAUUAUGAUUUUUUUCGUUUUGUACUUAAAAGCCCACCAGUUAAGUCAAUAGAGUAAUUUACAUUUCUGAAUGUAUCGCAACAACAAAAACAACAACACCAAAACAUUUAGUUUUUGUGCA